GUUGAGUGUGCCUGAAAGUACGCCUUUCACAGCUGUCUUGAAGUUUGCUGCAGAAGAAUUCAAAGUUCCUGCAGCAACAAGUGCCAUUAUAACAAAUGAUGGUAUAGGAAUAAACCCUGCACAGACAGCAGGAAAUGUAUUUCUAAAGCAUGGUUCGGAUUUACGGAUCAUUCCCAGAGAUCGUGUUGGGAGUUCUUAACAGCUCCUGAAAGCUUUGGAAUAAGUGACAUUGGCAUGCAGCAAAGGUCUAUUUAUUUUGGAACUCCAAAAUGCAACUAAUGAAUUGGCCUUUAUUAAAGCUAGCAAAAAUGACUUCCCAGGAUUUGAUUGUUUUUUGUUUUGUUGUAAAUGGAGAUAAGAUUUCAUUUUCUUGUUAAAAUAUAUUAACUCAUGCACUGAUUCUUCCCUGACUAGUAGAAGAAUGAGCUGAUUGCAUGUUACAUUCCUGAAAGAAAGAUGGACUUCUCUAUAGGUGUUACUUUCACCACAAGGGUAAACACACAGACACAAUCAAUAGAUAUUUAAAAUAUUGGAUAUUGAUGAGCCAACUCUGUGGAAGGGGGAACUGUGUUAUGAUUUUUCUACAAAGAAAUUGUUCGUACUGAGUGCUAAAACAGGUGUUUUU